ACCAUUUAACCGAAUCCACAUUGCGUCGGGUCAGUUAAGCGUGGGAACACACACAUCCCCGUUGCGAAAAAUGAAACGAAAAAAUGUGUCAAUGCCGCAAAGGGGGAAUUGCAACUGCCACUGCAUUUGGUCAAUGGCCAGUUGUUUUGGCCCUCCUUUUGGCCAGCUGCGCCAUCGAGUGCACAUGUGCAUAUGCCAAAUGCAAUCACAAUGUCGCGAUUUCCAAAACGAAUGACAGGAAGUGCCGAGCCACAGAUACACAAAAAGAGUGAACAAAACGAUGCGCUGCAGAGAGAGGGAUUUUACACACCUGGCUCAAAGCAUUUCACCUUGCGUGGGUCAGUUACCAAGUUCACAAGCGGAAUGCCAAAAGGGCGAAAGUGUUUCCUAGCUAAUUGCUUAAUUACGAUCCACGGACACGAAGAAGAAGGUCACAAGCCGGCUGGCCAGUGGAAAACUGGGUCAGAAAAGCCGGCGGAAAAGGGUUGUGCGGCGAAAUCUUAAUGAGUUUUCAUUCUGCCAUUGGCCUCGUCCUUCCGAAUGUUUUCCAAUUAAAAGCACAAUGACCCUUCUCCGGGGGCCCUAUGCUAAUGAGCCCGGCACGCACUUUACUCUUAGCCCGGUCCCUGGAAAAUUAAUUACCAACCAAGUGUUGAACUUGAACUUGUUGUCUGACCGUUUUUAAAGCUGGCUAAAAAAUCAAUAACGAGAUUUUGUAGCGGGCAGCAGGAUUCUAAAAAUGAGGAACGGGUUUGCAGGGUGGACCUUGUCUGGUUGCCACAUGUCAUGGUAAAAAAUUUAAAUCAGAACCGACAGCAGGACGAGCUAAAUGAGACGCUGGGCAGGACUUUGACAGGAUGCUGGUCGCUGGCACACGGUAAUUGCUUAUUUAAGCGCGCGCCUUUAUCCUUCAACGGGAUAUGCUGGGAGGAUAUGCAAACAAGGGGCAGCGCCGAGGAGCGGAAAAUAAAUUUGAAAGAACCGAGAUGCGAAACAAAAGGCCAAGUAAAUGCCCCGUGUAAUUACCGGCCAGCGGAGGACGGCGAGGGGCGGUGCAGCUGUCUAGCCGGACCAUCCGAGGAAUAUCCAGGAUUCAGGACUCAGGACUCCGCACCAAGUUCGCAGUAGCAUCCCGAAAUGAACUGCAAAUCAAGCUCGGUCAGCGGGUAAGGGUUCGAGGGUAGCGGCGAACCACGGGUCACCGUGCGUGCAUAUUAAAAAUGUUUUCGGAAUGAAUUUUUACGCUGCCAUUCGCGGGGAUAAAGCAGAGAUUCACACUUAAAAUUACAAUUUGUAAUAUAUUCUCAA